AUGCCCGCUGAAAAGUUGUUCAUCCGCAAGAUUGAGGAGAAAUCGCGCCUCAUACCCUCCAACAUCUUUGCGCGCGUGCCGCUCCCCAACUGGGAGACCAACGGCUACCGUUCCAUCACCUGGAAGCAGUACAAUGACGGCAUCAACAAGAUCGCUUGGUGGCUGGACGAGAAGCUGGGCAAGUCGGUGGACAACGACACGGUUGCCUACUUUGGCGCCAAUGACAUCCGAUAUGCCUAUGUCUUCGCUGCGUUGAACAAGACCGGGCGAAAGCUCCUUACCCCCGAUGGUCGCCUGUCACCGUUUGCACUGCACGGCCUCCUGGCCGAGACGCAGUGCAAAGCAUGGCUGUACACGGAAGACGAGGUGGCGGAGCAGACCCCCUUCGCUCUGGAAGAAACCGGCAUCAGCCUGCAGCCUUUCCCGACGUUGGACUGGAUUCUUGACGCGGACGACACCCCGGCCUACCCGUACACAAAGACGUACGAGGCCAACAAGCAUGACGAGAUUGUCAUCAUCCACACAUCGGGCACCACCGGGCCGCCCAAGCCCAUUUACAUGAACAUCGGCUUCUGGGCGGCGGCAUGCGCGAGCUCCCGUUUGGCCAAGCGGCAUUGGCCGCGCAACAUGAGCAGUGACGAGCUGUUUGGCCGAAGUUUGAUCCUCGCCUGCCCCAUGCGAUGGAACUCGGGCCUUAUUCUGACCAACUCUUUUGGCGUGUUUACGAACACGUGUUGCAUCAUUCCGCCCGCUGAUACGGUCGGUCUGCCGCCGGCCGUGUUCGACAAGCUGGUCAAGAUGAACUUCGUCGAGGGCCUGGUCGCCACGCCCUUUACCGUGGUGGACCUUUACAACGACCCGGCCACCAAAGAAACCCUGCAGUCCCUCGAGUUCAUCACCUACCUCGGUGCGCGCUUCGACAAGGUCAUCGGCGACGAGCUGGUGAAGCACACACGGCUGGGGUCCGUGAUCGGCGCCACCGAGACGGGCGGCAGAUUCUCGCUGAAUCCGCGGGACAAAAAGUUCUGGCACACGUACGAGUUCAUCCCCGAGGCGAACGUGCGGCUGGUUCCCAUCGACCAGUGCGAGCUGCCGACGAAUGCGACGCAGGAUGCCGACGUCUGUCGCAUGUUCAUCGACCGGCCCGCCGGCGACAUCUCGGAAGACAUGUGCGCGUUUUGGAACACGAGGAUGUACGCCAACGUCGACACCAUCGACACCAAGGAGCUGUGGCGGCCGGUCGACUGCGAUGGCACCACCCGCUGGGAGUUCUUUGCCCGCGCCGACGAUUCCAUCAAGCUCUUUGGCGGCGUGUCCUUCUCCUCGGAGGAGUUUGAGACGCCGAUCCAGCGGCACCCCGACGUGCGUCACGUCCUCGUCGGCGGCGCCGGGCGGCCUGCCCCGUUUGUCAUGCUGGAGAUGAGCGAAGACGCUGUCAAGGGCAAGGACAGGAGCCAAGUCGCCAAGGAGAUUUGGGAGACGGUCAUUCAGCCGCUGAACAAACAGGUCGUCAAAGAGAUCCAGAUUCCUCUCGAGACCGUCUUGGUCCUGCCUGAGGGCCGCAAGCUGCCGCUCAACUGGAAGCACCUCGUCAUGAGGGUCAAGGCGCAGGAGGAAAACGCAGUGGAGAUUGAGGAGCUGUACCAGAAGUUGGAAACGGUGCAGGGGAGCAGAGAGAAGUUCGCCGAGUUCAUGAAGUAG